GGCGACACACGACUGGUUGUGGAUGACACACACAACCGGGGCGCAAAGGUGGCUGCCAUCAGAGGUGAUGUGAUAAGCGUCUCCCCGCCCCGGGCAGGUGAACUAGCAACCGAGAGGCCAAAGGCAACGGUUUACGGCCAAACAGCCGGGAAAGGUGCCACCGGCCCGCCUCCGCCCGAGAUGACCCCGGCGCCGCCCGCCGCCUUGGCCCUGCUGGCGGCCUGCUGCUGCCUCAGUUGCUCCGCUUUCCCCCGCGAGCCGCCCACCUGGUUCGAGGGCGUCUUCCUGUCAUCCAUGUGCCCCCUCGACGACGGCACCACCCUCUACGGGAUCAUGUUGGACGCGGGGAGCACCGGGACUCGCAUCCACGUCUACACCUUCGCGCACAGGCGCCCCGAGCAGCCUCCGGAGCUGGAAGGGGAAAUCUUUGACUCGGUGAAGCCCGGGCUCUCCGCCUUCGCCGAUGAGCCGAAGCAGGGUGCCGAGACGGUGAGGGGACUGUUAGAGGUGGCCAAACAGUCGGUCCCGGCCAGCUCCUGGAAGCGGACGCCGGUGGUUUUGAAAGCGACGGCGGGACUCCGACUCCUCCCCGACCACAAGGCCCAGGCCCUGCUCUUGGAGGUCCGAGAGAUCUUUGAGCAGUCACCCUUCCUGGUCCCGGAGGACAGCGUGAGCAUCAUGGACGGCUCCUCCGAAGGAAUUCUGGCCUGGAUCACCGUGAAUUUUCUGACAGGUCAGCUGCACGGCCAGAACCGGCAGACCGUCGGGACCCUGGACUUGGGAGGCGCCUCCACCCAGAUCACAUUCCGGCCCCGGCUCCAGAGGACUCUGGAUCAGAGCCCCAGCGGUUACCUCACGUCCUUCGAGAUGUUCAACAGCUCCUACGAGCUGUACACCCACAGUUACUUGGGUUUCGGAUUGAAAGCCGCCCGGCUCGCGAUUCUGGGAGCCCUGGACGUGGAAGGGGCGUCCGGCCGGACUUUCCGGAGCCCGUGCCUCCCGCGGCGGCUGGAGGCCGAGUGGCACUUUGCGGGCGUCAGUUACCAAUACGGGGGCAGCCCGGAAGGGGAGCCUGGGUUCGAGUCCUGCUACGCCGAGGUGGCGCGGGUGGUCCGGGGGAGGCUACACCAGCCCGCCGAGAUCCGCCGCGGCUCCUUCUACGCCUUCUCCUACUACUACGAUCGCGCCGUGGACGCGCAGCUCAUCGACGAGGAGAAGGGCGGGACGCUCCAAGUGCGGGACUUUGAGAGGAAAGCUCGCGAAGUGUGCGACCGGUUGGACGGCCCGCGGCCCGGCAGCCCGUUCCUCUGCAUGGACCUCACCUACAUCGCGGCCCUGCUGAGGGACGGCUUCGGCUUCGCCGACACCACGCUCCUGAAGCUGGCCAAGAAGGUGAACGACAUCGAGACGGGCUGGGCGGGGGGCCACCUUCCACCUGCUGCAGUCUCUGGGCCUCUCCCGCUGAGCCCGGCGCCGGAAAACCGGCGCUCCGGCCCGACGGACAUCCGCCCGGGGGGCCGGCGUCGCCUCGGGACAACCAGAGAGGUUGGGCCGCUAUUCCCCAUCUUCCCGAUGGCCCCGGGGCCAACGAGAUUAUUUAUUGAUUGAUUGAAGGACGGGCCCGGGCCGCU